GGUCAAUAUCACAAGUUUGGUUUGUUAUAGUUUAGUAAUAAGAUCUACAGAACGUUAGUGUAUAUAAGAGAGUAUUAAGAGAUAGUACUGUGAAGUGUAUACAAAUUUUCAUUUAGUAUAGUUAACAUUACAUUUACAUUUACCAUUUACAAUUUAUAUUACGGUAUAGCUCAUCCCAUCUAAUCGAUUAGAUCAUUAUUACCAUUUAUUAUUUGCAUAUUAUACAUACAUAUAUUCUAUUAUAUUCUAUUAUAUUCUAUUAUCAUUAUGAGAGUUUAUCAAUGUCAUUUCUGUUCAUCUCCCGUGUAUCCAUUGCAUGGGAUAAUGUUUGUUAGAAACGAUGCUAAAGAAUUUAGAUUCUGUCGUUCUAAAUGUCAUAAAGCAUUUAAACAAAGACGUAAUCCAAGAAAAUUAAGAUGGACUAAAGCCUUUAGAAAGGCUGCUGGUAAAGAAUUAGUAGUUGAUUCUACUUUAACCUUUGCUGCUAGAAGAAAUGUACCUGUCAGAUAUAAUAGAGAUUUAGUUGCAACAACCCUUAAAGCUAUGUCAAGAAUAGAAGAAAUUAGACAAAAGAGAGAAAGAGCUUUCUAUAAGAAUAGAAUGAGAGGUAAUAAAGAUAAGAAAUUGGCUGCUGAUAAGAAAUUAGUCGAAGAAAAUCCAGAAUUAUUAAGAAUGAGAGAAGUUGAAAUAAGAAGAAGAGCUGAAAAGCAACAAGCUAAACAAAAUGCUAUGGAAGAAGAAGAAAUUGCUUCUGAUGAUAUGAUGAGUGAUGAUGAAGAAAUGGAAUCUGCUUCUGAAUCUGAAUCUGAACAAGAACAACAACAAGUCAAACAAAAGGUCUUGUUAAAGAACAAAAGAAAAGUAAGAGCUUAAGAGCUUAAGAGCUUAAAGUGAUAUAUAUUUUAUACAUAUCAUAUAUAUAUCAUAUAUAUAUAUAUGCAUAAACCCUAUGUAGAUCCCCAAUUUUUUGUACAAUAGUUUUUAAAAUAUUUUAAUAUUAAAUAUAUUUAUCUUUCAAU